AUGGUCCUGGUUCUGGUUCUAGACACUGACGGAAACGACAUGCACCGUGGUCUCAUUGGAAAAUGCCAGAAUGCGGCCGCCGAGGAGCGGAUGUUGGCGGAAAAUAACAAGUGCCGUCUGCUAACCGUGGACGACAAACGAACUCAUAAUGAA